AUGGGCAUAACCACCACACCCCCCACCUCCGUCCGCUGGAACGGCACCUCCGUCCCCGUCUACCCCAUGCAAACCGUCGACUUCUCCUCACUCCUCUCGCAAGAGCCCGCCGAGCUCGAGAAGCUGCUUCAAUGCUGCCAGACCGAGGGCUUCUUCUACAUCGACCUCCAGGGCAUCGACGGCCGCCGCAUGCUCGACGACCAGCAAGAGACGCUCAAGCUCAUGCACCGCUUCUUCGAGUCCCCGCUCGAGGUUAAGAAUGAGUACGGUCUCGUAUCUCCCCAUCUGGGCUACGAGCCCGUCGGGUCCCGCACCGGUGUGUUGGAGAACACGAAGGAUGGGUAUGAGAUGAUUAAGGUCUCCCGCGACGAAAUCCAACGCGACUCCCCGCACAUCCCGCGCAACAUCAAGAACAGCGGCGACAUCAAGGUCCUCGAAAACGCCAUCGCCGGCUCCAACAUCAUCACCAAGACGAUCCUCUCCGCGCUGUCCACGGGCCUCGGUCUCGCAGGCUCAUCCCGCUUCGAGAACACGCACCGGAACCACCGCCCCUCGACCAGCACCCUGGCCAUGAUGCAUUAUAUCCCCUCGGAGCCGGUUACCGCGAAGAAUAUCGGGCAUCAGAAGCAUACGGAUAUCAGUUCGUUGACGUUGUUGUUUAGCGAGCAGUGGGGGUUGCAGAUCCGUCCUCCUGGAGCCAAAGAAUUCGGCUUCGUAGCUCCCAAAGUCGGCUGCGCCAUCGUCAACGUGGGCGACUCCCUGCGCUUCGCCUCGGGCCACACGAUGCAAUCGUGCAUCCACCGCGUCGUGCCCUUGGACCCGAACGAGCACCGCUACUCCAUUGCCUAUUUCCUGCGUGCGGAGGACGAGACGAUGUUUACUGAUAGCGAUGGGAGAUACAUUACUGCUGGACAGUGGCACGAUGAGAAGUUCUACACGUUUACGGCGCCCGAGGAGGAGCAGAUGAAGGCGCCGGCUUAUUUGUUGUUGGGUGGCAUGAAGGAGGAUGCGGAGGUGACGGUUAAGCAGGCUGAGGUGGAGGCUUAUUAG